ACUACUCCGAAUGCCAGAGCUGCUGCAACAUAUGCCACAUCUAUAUCUGCCACGCUUUCCCUACCUAAAUUUUUGUCGUGAUCGUCUGCUCAGCCAGUCAUCAAAAGCCUCCUCGCUAGGCUCGUGGAAAUAUCUUGUUCGUGCUUCCUUCAACACACUUCACCACACUUGGGAACAACAUGGCAACACCUAAGUUCAACUCCAAGUCGCCAACAAUACGGCGCAUACUCAAAGAAGCUGCCGAGCUUUCCAACGCGCCUUCGCCUGACUAUACCGCUACACCUCUCGAGAGCGACUUGUUUGAGUGGCACUUCACGUUCCGAGGACCACCCAACUCCGCGUUUGCUGAUGGCAUCUAUCAUGGCCGUAUCGUCCUACCGCCUACUUAUCCACUCCGUCCACCGAGCUUUCGUUUCACAACACCCAGCGGCCGUUUCGAAGUUAACAGAGAGAUCUGCCUCAGCAUCAGUGGCCACCAUGAGGAAACAUGGCAGCCAGCUUGGGGCGUUCGGACAGCGCUGGUCGCAUUGCGAAGCUUUAUGGAAACCGAUCCGAAAGGCCAACUUGGCGGCUUGGAAUCAACAGACGCCGUGCGACAACGUCAUGCGCUUGCCUCUCGAUCAUUUAAAUGCCCUGCUUGCGGCAAAUCCAACGAAGAAAUUUUGGUGGAGUCCAAGAAUGCGGCAGAUGCAGCGGCCUCAACUUCCUCCAAGGUCCCCAGCGGGUAG